AUGGAAAAUUAUGAAUGUUUAAACAAUAACACUGUUAACAAUGCACCUUGUCCACCACCACCACCACCACCUCCUCCACCACCUGUAGGUUUAUCAAUACAACAAAAUGAAGGAAUUCAAUUUGGAGGAAAUGAUAUUAGUCCAUUAUCCAAUAUGUAUUCAAAAAAAAAUAAUUUACACCAAAAAAAUAAUCAAAAACAUGCUAAGAGUAUAAAAAAAAAUGUAUCAAUAGGAAAAAAUUUUCAACAACAAAAUAAAAAAAAAAAGAAAGAAGAAGAAAAAGCUACUGUGGAAAAAGCGAUGAAAAAAAAUAAAGAAGAUGCCGAUAAAGGAAAAGGAGCAGAUCCUGUUCAGGAAAACAAUGAACUUUUAGAAUCAGCACAAUUGUCAGUUCCUGCUGAAACAAUAAAUGAAUUUUAUGAAUUUAAGGGACUCAUUGAUCCUACAGCAAAAAAUCAAAAUGACAAAAGUCUUAAAAAAAAAAUUCAUGAUCAAUAUAGAUGUAUUCGUUUAACAAUGAAUUUUGUCUUUGAUUUUAUGGCCAAUCCAACAAAAAAUCGGUUUACAAAUGUUAUGAUGUACAGUGAAGGAAAUUGUUUUCUUCAUGAUGUAGAUAAUCCUGAAGAUAAAUAUUAUCAUGCUAAUAAAAUAACAACUCCACAAGGAAUAUAUAUAAUGGCACAGGCACCUUUAAAAAAUACUGUUAAAACAUUUUGGGAUAUGAUUUGGGAACAGGGUACUUGUAUUAUUGCUUCCUUCUGUGACUAUUCUAAUAAAGAAGAUUGUUGUCCAUACUUUGAAUUAUCUUUUAAUAAAAAAGUUAAAAUUGGUCAAUAUGUUAUUAGAACUGAGGAAAGAAAAAUAUCAACACCAGCUAUUAUUUUUAAAUUAAAAGUUUAUAAUAAAAAAACAAAACAAGGAAGAAUUGUUAAUAUUAUUAAUUGGAUGGGUUGGAAUCCUAAUGCUAUACCAUCAAUAACAAAAUUAUUAGCUAUGAUGUCUCUUGUUUGGAAGAUGGAACAUAUUGUUGAAGUCGAUGAUAAAAGAGGUGUUGGACCAAUUCUUGUUCAUGGUAUUAGUGGUUCUAGGAGAACAGCAACUUUUGUUGCUAUUAACAUUUUAUGUAAACAACUCCGUGAUACUAAAAAAUGUUCCGUUAUUACGACAGCAGUUCUUAUAAGAAAAUAUCGUCACAAUGCUAUAAGAGAUCAUCUUAUGUUUGCUAUUAUCUUACUUUCAAUUAUGCAUUUUGCAGCUUCGUUAAAUUAUACUGAAAAAAAAGAUCCACAAUUUAUCAAAGCUUCAAAAGCUAUUAUUGGUUUUGUUUCUACAAACAAAGCGGUAUAUAAAAAUAUGAAUAUUAAAGAUAAACAACAAGAAGAAGAAGUUGGUGUAACUGAUAAGACUUGA